AUGAAGAAACAAAACAAGGUUCAUAACGGAGUGAUAGCUGAUGAUAUCAACCCACCAUGGGAAAAAUUGCUUAAUAAUAUUUGGCAAUUUGCCGAAGAAUCAAUUGGACUUAGGAAACUAAAUCCAAGGAAACCAUGGAUAACGAGUGAGAUAAUGGACUUAAUAAAAUACCGCAACAAAUUAAUGAAGACGUACGAUUCGAUGUAUAGAAUAAUAAAGAACCGUAUUACCCAAAAGUGUAAAGAUGAAAAAGAGAAAUGGAUGGAUAUAACGUGCGAAAACAUUAAAGCAAAUAUGACUGCAAAUAGAAUGGACAAAGCAUAUGGAAUGAUUAAACGAUUGUCAAGAUUACCGAAGCCAAGAAGCAAAAUUGUUAAGGAUAUGAAUGGACAACUGAUUUUAGAUGAAGGUGGAAUAGUGACGAGAUGGAAAGAGUACAUAGAUGAUUUGUAUGAAGGUUGUAUAGGAUAA